AAAUACAAAAGCAGCUGGGAAGCGGCGGCGGGGCGAUUUCCCAGCGCCGGGCUGAGCCCCGCAGCGCUCCGAGGCCGCGAUGGGGAUGAGGCGCUUGAAGCCCCAGAGCCAACAAGCAGCCGGGCCCGCCUCGCCGCCGGGACCCGGGCUCCCGGGCUUGGUUUGAAGCGGCGGCGGUACCGGCACGGCCGUGGGAGCAUGGGCAGGAGGAUGCGGGGCGCUGCCGCCACCGCGGGGCUCUGGCUUCUGGCGCUGGGCUCUCUGCUGGCGCUGUGGGGCGGGCUCCUGCCGCCGCGAACCCUGCUGCCCGCCUCUGGGCCACCCAAAGACCGAUUCCCGCGGCGCCCGGGCCGGAGCGGUGGUCCGGAGCCCGCGCCGCGCUUCCCUCUGCCCCCGCCUUUGCCGUGGGACGCCCGUAGUGGCUCCCUGAAAACUUUCCGGGCGCUGCUCACCCUGGCGGCCGGCGCGGACGGCCCGCCCCGGCGGCCCCCGGACGAGCGCAGGCUGCACGUGUCAGCGGGACGGCUCCGGUCAGCCGAGAUCGCCGUGGUGCACGGGGGCGUCUUUUGGAGCCGCGGUCUGGAGGAACAGGUGCCCCGGGGCUUUUCGGAGGCCCAGGCGGCUGUGUGGUUGGAGGCGGCGCGCAGCGCCCAGGUGGUGGCCCUGGAGCGCGGUGGCUGCGGACGUAGCUCCAACCGGCUGGCCCGCUUCGCCGACGGUACCCGCGCCUGCGUGCGCUAUGGCAUCAACCCUGAACAAAUCCAGGGUGAGGCUCUGUCCUACUACCUGGCGUGCCUACUGGGCCUCCAGCGCCACGUGCCGCCGCUGGCCCUGGCUCGGGUGGAGGCGCGAGUCGCUCAGUGGGCGCAGGUGCAAGAUGAGCUGCGCGCAGCGCACUGGACCGAGGGCAGCGUGGUGAGCCUGACGCGCUGGCUACCCAACCUCACGGACGUCGUAGUGCCCGCGCCUUGGCGUUCCGAGGACGGUAGUCUGCAACCUCUGCGCGCCACCGGGGGCGAACUGACCAACCGCAGCCAAGCGGAGUUGGUGGACUUGGUGCAAUGGACCGACUUGAUCCUUUUCGAUUACCUGACAGCCAACUUCGACCGGCUUGUCAGCAACCUUUUCAGCCUGCAAUGGGACCCGCGCGUCAUGCAGCGCGCCACCAGCAACCUGCACCGCGGCCCUGGCGGGGCUCUGGUCUUUCUGGACAACGAAGCUGGUCUGGUGCACGGCUACCGGGUGGCAGGCAUGUGGGACAAAUACAACGAGCCGCUGUUGCAAUCCGUGUGCGUGUUCCGAGAGCGGACAGCGAGGCGAGUCUUGGAGCUGCACCGUGGCCAGGACGCCACGGCCCGGCUGCUACGCCUCUACCGGCGCCACGAGCCUAGCUUCCCGGAGCUGGCGGCGCUUGCUGACCCCCAUGCUCAGCUGCUGCAACGCCGCCUAGAUUUCCUCGCCAAGCACAUUUUGCACUGUAAAGCCAAGUACGGCCGCCGACUGGGGACUUAG